UAACUGCUGGUACAGUACACAGUAAAAACGAGACAACGCUUUUUCAGGACCUUGGUGCUACAGGACACAGUACAAAAACUAGACUGAGCUACGUGAAAAACAUCACUAGACUACAGACCUACCCAGGACUGCAGAAAGUGCACAAAACAGUGCAGGCAUUGCAAUAAAUAAUAAACAGGGCAAUCGGGUGCCAGUCCAGGCUCUGGGUAUUGAGGAGUCUGAUAGCUCGGGGGAAGAAACUGUUACAUGGUCUGGUCGUGAGAGCCCGAAUGCUUCGGAGCCUUUUCCCAGACGGCAGGAAGGAGAAGAGUUUGUAUGAGGGCGAGAUCCCUGACGAUGUGUGCAGCCUGGGCCAGUUCAGCACGGAGAUGAUCGUGGAGGGAGUGCUCCGCUGUUUACAGAGGAUCGACCCCCCCUCGGUGAACGGCCUCAGCCCCCUCCUUCCACCCGGAAUGUCAGCGCGCUUCCGCCUCGGCAUGUCCCUGGCCCAAGCCUGUCAGGACCUGGGAUACGAGGGCGAGAUCGGCUACCAGACCUUCCUCUACAGCAACGAGCAGGAACUUCGCCGGCUGCUCAUGUUCCUGGUGGAGAGUUUGCCUCGGGCCGGAGCGGAGUCUGCCCACCAGCCGACAGGGAAACCCGACGUGCUCCAACGAGCCAUCGCACCGCGGAUCAGGCAGGAACUGGCCACCCCUUGGCUCCCGCCCUCCCUCAGGACUCCCGGACUGCUGGCCACUCAGGGCUCCCGAGCGAUCCAGGAAUUCUGCAGUCAGCCACUCAGCCUCCCCGGAAUCUGGCCGGCUGGGAAGAAUAUCCCGACAGAGUCCAAGGAGUACUCGGAUCGGCACUGCCCGCCCGUCACCGAGCAGGCCAGCCACUCCUGUGUCGCUGCCUCGAUCCUGGAGCGUGCCACCAUCGAGCUCAGUGCCGUCCAGGAGUGGGACGCGGAGUGGAACGGCCAGGGCUUGGCGUCCCGCCUGUCACCAGAGGAAUACAGAGCCCGCAAGUGCCAGCGGCUGCAGAGACGGAUCCGGGAACAAUUCCAGCGCUGUGUCCAGCUCGGACCCGGGGCAGUGAGCGACUCGACCUCCGACCUGGCCCAGCUCCUGCAGUCCUACGGCACCGGCCUGGCCAGCACGGAGAUGAAGGGCUCCCGCUUCACCCACACUGAGAGGUUCACCUUCACCCAGGAGGCCGAAACCAUGCUCCGUCCGAUGGAUACAGUCGGGAGCGUCCACCCGUCCUCGAAGGAGUCAGAAGAGGGCGUGCGAGCUCAGCUGGAGGAGGAGGUGAAGGCCUGCGAGCAGCGGCUGGAGGAGGUGUCGCUACGCCUGGACGAAGUGUCAGGGGACGUGAAGCAUCUGCUGGUCACCAUCACUCAGGUGCGGGAGGAGAUACGUCAGGCGGAGCAGACGGCGGCCCAGAAGGAGGAUCUGGUGGGUGUGAAGCGCAGGGCGCUGGAGCUGCUGCCCGACGCCGAGACCAACCUGGGCAAACUGCAGGCCGUGAUCGAGGGCAGCGCUCAGCGAAUCGUCAAGUUGGCCCACCAAUGGGAGAAGCAUCGGGCACCGCUGGUCACCCAACUCCGAGAGCUGAAGGAAGUCCAGUCCAACUGCGAGCACGAGUCCACGCGGAAGCUCGAGGAGAUCAAGGCUCUCCGGGAGAAGAUAAAGACUUCAGCAGAGGAGGCCAAGAGGAAGGAGGUCUUGUACAGGCAACUGGUGACGGAGUUGGGGAACCUGCCCCGGGAAGUAGGCCGUUCUGCCUACACCCAACGAAUCCUGGAGAUCGUCAGCAACAUCAAGAAGCAGAAGGAGGAAAUCUGCAAGAUCCUGUCCGACACCAAGGACUCGCAGAAGGAGGUCAACAGUUUAUCAGGGAAGCUGGAGCGCACCUUUGCUGUGACGGAUGAGCUGGUCUUCAAGGAUGCCAAGAAGGAUGAAGUUGUGCGUAAGGCGUACAAGUACCUGGCUGCGCUGCACGAGAACUGCAGCCACCUGAUCCGGACCAUCGAGGAGAGCGGAACCAUUCUGAGGGAAGUGAGGGACCUGGAGGAGCAGAUCGAGUCGGAGGCGGGGAAGAUGGCGCUCGGCAGCCUGGAGAAGAUCCUGGCUGAUUACAAGGCCGUGCGCCAGGAUAACGCUGCUUUGGUCCUCAAGCUGCAGCAAGCCUGAAGCUGCCACCUAGCGCCCCUCCAUGAGAUCCCCCCCCCACCCCCAGGCACACCCCCUGGUGUCGCCCUGCCUCCUGGACCAAUGCGAACGACCUGCCCUGAACCGUCUGCCUGGCUGCUGUUCUGUGAUCUGCUGGGGGUGGGCGGUGGGCGGUGGUUUUACAGUGUUCUUUCCCCCGCCACCUCCCAACAUCCAUGGGACAGACUUGACUGAUGUAAUAAAGAAAGAUUAGCUUUAUUUGUCAUAUGUACAUCGAAACACACCGUGAAACGUGUCAGUUGCGUCAGCCAUCACGGUCCUAAGCCUUCCAGUUUUGCCGAGGUGAGUGGCCUGAACUCAGUAACCCGAACCUGUCUGUCUUUGGGAUAUGGGAGGAAACUGGAACAUCCGGGGGAAACCUGAGCAAUCGUGGAGAGAAUGGACGAACUUACAGACAACAGUGGGAAUUGAACACGGGUCACUGGUGACGCUAUGCACCAUAUUGGAAUAUCAGCCUCUGAGAUCAGCACAUUUUAAAACAAGCUGAGGGAGGAAUUCAGUCAGGGAGGGUCGGACCCGCAUCAGAACAGAAACAACUCCUUUCCUCUUGACGAACUUGUGGAUUGGAGGUUUAGUGGGCAGUGUGGAAGACUGCCAAAGGAUACAGUGGGAUUUAGAUCAGUUGCAGAUUUGGGUGGGGAAAUGGCGGGUGGAGUCGAACCUGACCAAAGUGUUGCACCUUGGCAGAUCAAAUGUACAGGCACGACCCUCAACAUCGUCCACGGCUCAGGAAGUGGCUCCGCAGAUUGACGGGUGACGUAGCAGGCGUGCGGUAGAGCAGAGUCCAAGUGAAGUUUCUGUUUUAUAGAUGGGUGCUGUGAGAAUUCAUUCUGCUGCAGACAUUCUCCAGGAUGCUUGGUAGUGUAGUGGUUCACCGUGCAGGCGACCCAGGUUCAAUUCCUGGAAAGAGUUUCCUCAUGAACCCGUGGGUUUCCUCCGGGUGUCCUCCCACUGUCCAAAGACCUACCGGCUGGUAAGUUGUCCCAUGAUUAAAUCGGAUGAUGGCUGGGUGGCAUGGUUCGAGGGUCGAUUCUGUGCUGUAUCUCAAUAAACGUUGCCUGCAUUAGGUGGACAAACUUGGGUUGUUUUAGAAAGAUCUUUAUCAGGUUGAGAGGCAUCGAUAGAGUAGAAUAGACACUAUUUCUUGCCCACGGUUGAAAUAUUUAAUAUUAGAGGGCGUGGAUUUAAAGUCAGGGGGUAAAUUGAAAGGAGAUAUGAGAGGCAAGUGUUUUUUUUAAACAUAGGUGUUGUGGUGGGGGCUGUGUUGACUGGCGUUUUUGCGAUUCAAGAAGUCAAGAGAGAGGCGUAAAACUUGUUGCUUACUGAUGUUUUAGUAAGUGUUAGGAGAACAAGCAACAAUGACGCUGUGGUCUUACAACAACAUGGUGGGCUCCAUCACGGAAGGUAAGCAACAUUCCAAUUUUGACAACUAACCUAAAAAAUAUCGAGAUUCAAGUGGCUGCAGGAAACCCAGGACACUCCAGAAAAAUACGGAAUCAGCCAACCUACCGUUACUGGGAAUUUCAUUGGACCGUGAUGUAUGACAUCAUCAUUGGGCGAUCAUGGUCUCAAGACCAUUGAUUGCUCUUGGCAAAUUUUUCUACAGAAAUGCUUUGCCAUUCCUCCUGGGCUGUGUUUUUACAAGAUGGGUGACCACCCAGCCAUUCUCAAUGCUCUUCAGAGAAUGUGCCUGGCGUCAGUGGUUGCAUAACCAGGACUUGUGAUGGGCACCAGCUGCCCAAAUGACCAUCCAUCACCUGCCCCCAUGGCCUCACGUGACCUGAAUCGGGUGGGGGGGGGAAUAAGCAGAUGCUACACCUUUCCCCAGGGUGAUCUGCAGGCUAGCGGAGGGAAGGAGCGCCUCACACCUCCUUUGGUAGAGACACAUCUCCACCCUGCCACUCGAAACACACACACAGGUGAUUAUGUAAAAAUGAUAUGCAAGGAUAAAAAGUUAAAACUAGAAGCAAACUGACAAAUCUACACCCUGAUCCAACAGUGUCUUUGAGGCUCAUGGAUGUGUGAGGGAUGAAAGGACGUGGAGAUGGGACUAGUGUAAUUGGGCACAGUAAUUUCAUUAGUUUAGCAGGGCCUGUUCCUGUACUGUUCAGUGUUCGAAAUGCUGAUCAUUGCCAAUUGUCGCUCCAGAUUCCAACACUGCGCUCUGGCAUCCUCACAGUAACUGUGACAACAUGCACAAAAUUCCGGGGAAACUCAGUAGAUCAGGCAGCAGCUUGGGCCAAGACUUCAUCAGGACUGGGCAAUACAAUGAGCUCUGGAUAUUUCAAAAUGGAUUUCCAGCAUCUGCAGGUUUUCUUGAGUUUGUGCUCCCCCUUUUGCUCUGUUUCCCUGUUGGGAUCAUCUCGUCACCUGCCUUGACGUGUUCCCUCAAGAUUUAUCUGUCGCACCCCCUCCUUUGAGACGUCGGCCUGUUUAUGGUCAAUAUCUAUGCAUAUUGAUGUCUGGGUCUGUACUCACUAGAGUUGAGAGGAAUGAGGGGGAAUCCCAUUGAAAUCUAUUGAGUGUAAUGAUGUAUGCUCGUUAUCCCAGGAGUGGUUCUACUUCCACGAGUUGUCUCCCCAGGGUAGAUAUUGUACAGUGAUAUGUGGUCAUUAUCCCAGGAGUGGUUCUGCUUCCUAGGUUGAGUCUCCCCAGGGUAGAUAUUGUACAGUGAUAUGUGGUCAUUAUCCCAGGAGUGGUUCUGCUUCCUAGAGUUGUCUCCCCAGGGUAGAUAGCGCCUGGAGACUGUGGUGAGCAGGGCAGAUUAAUCUGGUGAUUCCUGCCCCCCAUCACUGUUCUCACAGCCGUCAGCUGAGUGUCGGGCCAGCCCUGUUUACGUGGAGUGCGGUAGAGCAACGUGACAAGCACGGAGAGACAGACAGCACACCGAGCUCAGGCGAAGUUUUUUGUCAAAUGCACAAGUCCAUAUCUGCACAGGGUCAAUGAAAAGAUUGGGAAUAAACGGAGCCUUGUGUGGCGGCUGCCGGUGACUAGUGAGGUGUUGGGACGAUAUUCUGUUUAUAUAUCAGUAACUUGGGGGCUUUGUUGCAAAGUUUGCAGGCGAUGUGGAGAUAGAUGGAGGCGCAGGUAGUUUUCAGGAAGGAGAGGCUACAGAAUAGGCAAAGAAAAGGCAGGUGGGAUACUGUUUCAGGAGGUGUGUGGUCAGUCACUGCGGUAGAAAUGAAAGGUUGACUAUUUUCUAAAUGGAGAGAAAACACGAGGUGUAAAGGGACUUGGGAGUUCUUGUGCAGGAUUCCCCGAAGGUUAAUUUGCAGAAAGGCGAAUGUGAUGUUAGGAUUCAUUUCAAGAGGACUAGAAAGUCGUGUUGAAACAUUUUAAAGCUCUGGUGCACCCUUCUGGACGUAUUGGGAGUAGAUUUAAGCCCCUUAAGGGUCCGGAGAGGGCUCAGAGGAGGUUAGCGAAAAUAAUUCCAGAAUUGAAUGGCAUUUGAUGGCUCUGGGAUUCACUAAAAUCCAGAAGAAUGAGGGGUGACCUCAUUGAAACCUGUCGAGUGGUGAAAGGCAUCGAUAGAGUGGAUGUGGAGAGGGUAUUUCCUUGGGUGGAGGAGUCUAAGACCAGAGGGGACAGCCUCAGAAUGGAGGGCCGUCCGUUUAGAAUGGAGCUGAGGAACUUCUUUAGCCAGAGAGUGGUGUAUUUACAGUAGAGGGUGAUGGAGUCUUCGUUGGUCAGGGCAUGAAGCGAUACGGGGAGAAGGCAGGAGAUCGGGGCUGAGGGAAAUGGAUGAAACGGCAGAGCAGACUCGACGGGCCAAAUGGCCUGAUUCUGUUCCUAUAUCUGAUGUAAUCACUUAGAGCUGUGCACAGCAUCGGACAGGCAGCGUUCACAUGGAAAAUCUUUACAAGGAAGAUCACUUUACGCUGAAAUGUGUUAUUUUGGUGCGGUCGCGGUGUUGGCUGAGGCCGUGAUCAGGGCUUCGGGCAGACGGGUCUCGUCAGCCGCUCGUCGAGAAGGAGAACUCUGCUCUCAAACCUCGUGGCCAUGGGCGAGGCCCGAGGGAAAACGCCGGGGCUGCAGUCCCUCGGUGAGUCAAUGCUGCCUCUCAACCCCUGUCCUUGGGGUGGGGGGGGGGGCUGUUGUAUGGGCAACAGCAUGCUCGCCAUAUCAGAAGCUGAAUCAGGCCAUUUGGCCCGUUGUCUGCCCCGCUAUUCCCUCUCAACCUAUUCCCCGUAACCAUUCACCUCGGGUUACCCUUUGCCCUCUAUUUUUCUAAGCUCCAUGUACCUGUCCAGGAGUCUCGUAAAAGACCCUAUCGUAUCCCCCUCCACCACCGUCGCCGGCAGCCACACACUCACCACUCUCUACCCCCGACAUCUCCUCUGUCCCUACUCCCCAGUACCUUGAAACGGUGCCCUCUCGUGCCAGCCAUUUCAGCCCUGGGGAAAAGCCUCUGACUAUCCACACGAUCAAUUCGCAAACAAAGCAAAACACUUCACAAGUAGUAGCAUAAAAAAAAAUAUUAGAGCGAGCAGACCAGGGGAGCCAAUGUCUGCAGAAAUUAGAACGACACUCAUCAUCCAGUAAAGAAGCCGAACUCGGCUCAAAUCCAGCAAUCUGCCCUGCAGAGAAUCCUGGCAAUUCUGGACAAUGUUUCUCACCCUCUGCAUGCCACCUUGGCUGAACAGAGGAGCACUUUUAGUAACAGACUAGGACAACUGCGCUGCCCCCAAAGAGAGGUAUAUGAGGUCAUUCUUACCCUCGGGUCUAUAAUGAGUCAACCUAUCGCCGGGGAAGUGAUAACCCCGCCUUGUUAGAGUGAGCUAACUUUUUUUUUCUUUCUUACUUGUCUUCUAAUAUUUGUAUAUACUGUGACACUGCAAUUUCCUUUUGGAUCAAUAAAGUAUUUAUCUUCUCUCUCCA